AAGCUCGCUGCCGCUUCAAAAUGGCGUGCCUUUAGCCAAAGCUACCGCGCUGUGAUUGGCUCGCAUCGUCGACCAACCCAUUUUGCUGUGCAAAAUGGGCAAACGUCGCCGCCGUGGACCGGUGACGCCGGUGCGGCCGACGCCAGCUCCGGCGCGUCACAGCAGCGCGUCGUGCGUGCAUCAAGUGCUCUUUGAGGCGACGUUCCUGCACCUGAUUGUGCAGUUCCAAGGCGGCGUCUUUUUGCCGCUGGUGCCCCGCUAUCGGGCCUGGUCGCGCGCCUUUCUUGAGCCAAACGGCAUUGACGACCGCGCGCAGCGAUCGUUGCGGCUGCGAUCGCGCGGCGACGCUCGCUACGUGUUGCACGCGGCGGUUGUCGAAAACGAGCUCGCGCUCGUCGGGCUUCUCCACCGGUGCCGGCCAACGCUCUUUACGCACGAUGCGGCCGACUUGGCCGCGGCGCACGGCCACUUGCGCGUCUUGCAGCUUCUGUUCGAGCUCCAUAUCGUCGGCUCGUUCGAUGCGCUGGACCUCGCCGCCUCGAACGGGUGCUUUGCCAUUGUGAAAUGGCUCGUACAAGCCAAAGCAGCGGCAACGUCGGCCGCCAUCGAUGGCGCCGCAACCCACGGGCACUUGGAUAUCGUCAAGUACCUUGAUCGGCACGGAGGCUUUGCGGCUACGACGGCCGCGAUGGACGGUGCAGUCGCCAACCACCACGGAUCGGUUGCGAAGUACCUCCACGACCGGCGCAGCGAAGGCUGUACAACAGCGGCCAUGGACGCAGCAGCCCUCCACGGGGAUCUGGCCAUGGUGGCAUUUCUGCACGAACACCGAAGCGAAGGCUGUACGACACAGGCGAUGGACCAAGCAGCCGGACACGGCUUCCUUCCCGUCGUAGCCUACUUGCACGAACACCGACUCGAAGGGUGCACGGCGAGCGCAAUGGACGAAGCUGCCGCCGCCGGCCACUUGGCCGUUGUCCAGUACCUGCAUACGCACCGCGAGGAAGGGUGUACGAGUCAUGGGCUGGACUAUGCCGCCAAGAACGGUCACCUCAAGGUCGUACAGUACCUGCAUUCACACGCGCUUGCUACGUGCUCGCCGCUCGCCAUCGAGUUUGUUGCUGCGGCUGGCGGCCUUGAGAUGCUAACGUAUUUGCACAAGAGCUGCAAGGCUUCGGCCUCACCUGUCGCCCUCGAGCUCGCCGCGCGGCACGGGCACGUCAACCUCGUCAAGUAUCUGCACGAGCAAGGACUGGUCGCGGGAACGCCGCGGGCGAUGGAGCUCGCGAUUCAGUUUGGUCAUCUUGGCGUCGUCAAGUACCUGCACCAGCAGCGCCUGGUCAAGAUGUCGAAAGCGUUGAUGCAAGUCGCGCUCGCGUAUCAACAACAAAAGAUCCUCCAGUACCUCCGCCGCAAGUACUAGUAGAUCGACACGUUUUGUGCUUCAACCAACAAGUAUAUACUAGUCGAACUGCGAGUAGUCAACGAGCAAUAAGUUCUUGGCCAUAAUUGCUCUCGAGGCUGUGCUUCUAGCGCACAGUCCAAUUUUGC